UGGCCGUGCGUCUUGCCACCGCCCGAGAAGGCCUCGCAGAAGCACUCAGCCAGACCUCCUCCGUCCAGUCGUCGUCGUCCAACAAGACCAUCUCAUCCUCCACGCCUUUCCCGACUGGCAGUACCGACCCAAAUGCGCCCGUCUGCGGUGCUGGCUUUACGUACUGCGGCUACAUCCUGCGCGAUCACAAGAGUAUUGCCCCCUUUGGAGAUUACCCCUGACACCUAUUCCCAACCCAAAACAAACACUACUGAGCCCCCUAACCACCGCUCAGAUUUCAAAGAGGAAGACAUCAUCAAAACAUACUGUGACGCCCACAGGGACAACUGCAUCAACGGCACUACCCAAACGGAUCCCCUCCAGGCUCUCUACAUCUGCCUCCCACCCAACGCAAGCCCAGUGGAAACCUGGCUCGACUCGUCGUACCAAGCAAACAAACAGAUGAUUGCCCACGGCGGCACAUCUUCCCCCGACGACGACCUCGAGAAAACCAAACCAUACACAAAACCCACCAAGCUGCUCUCUCCGCGAGCCCGUCCAACCCCCCACCCCGAACACAAGGAACAGCAUCUCAAGCGAACCCACCAUAUGGCAAACCUUUACACAAAAACCUAUCACCACCAUCACAACCUCCUCAACCAUAACGGGGAAUUGGCCAAGCAGUCUUCUUCAGAGGCGACACACCAGCCCACAACCUCGUCGACCACAUCAGCGGCAGCCCCAUUCUUGACCCCACUCGUCCCAGUCAGCCUCUCUGCAGCAGGCACCGGCACCGGCAUCGGUACAAGAACAGACACGACAUCAGCCUCCUCAACCGUACCUCGCCCCUCAACGCCAAGCUCCAACAGCUGCUCCUCGUCGGCCACCGUGCCCAACAACAAGAUCGAGCUGCUCUGUUCCUGCGGACGGCAGUGUCUGAACCCGAUGGGCGAUCACAUCGGGAGGUGCGACGUCCCGUGUUCUUCGUGAUCGUGGAUGCCGAGGGAGGUGUAAUCUCGAGCCAAAGGAACUGUCAAUCCAACCUAUGUAAGUUCCGCGCUAAUAUACAAACCGGGGUUAAAGUUGCACUGGAGGAGGAGGACAUUGGGAAAUGGCGAUGGAAGGUCCACGCACUGAGAAGUUGAGGUGGUCACCGACCUCACAGCGUCAAAGUCUUGACA